AUGGCGAGCAAGGAGAGCCGCCGGCGGUUGAUGAUGACGGGGACGAAGGUAAGUUUCGGGCUGAAUCGAGCGGAGUUGAGCAGUAGGCCGUACCGUCGACGACGGCAGCAAGGCUAUCGGCGGAAGAGUGAGCUUGGAGAAGGAAAGGGAUCAGAUAUGGAUGGCGGACAAAGGGAAAGAGCAAAGAAGCAGCAGAAAGGGAAGAGCAAGGUCGCCACUGCCGGCAGGUAUGAGCUUUGUCGCGGCGACAGUGAUGACAAACAAAGGGGGAGGAUGUUUGUGGUGAGAGUUUUUGUUGUUGUUCCUUUCGGAUUUCUUUUUGGCUUCUGUUUGUGUGUGUUUGUUUAUGCGGGGAAGAGGAAAGGGAGUUGUGGUUUCUUUGCUGUCUUUCGGAAAGGGAGAAGAAGAAUCGAGGACAGGAAGCUUGGGGAGAAAGAAGAUGGAGAAGAAGUGAGGAAGUAG